AUGCAAGAUACUGACAUUGACCAACAACAACCGCCUUCAAAGAAAUUAAAAUCUUCAAAUUCUUCACCAAAACCUGCUUCUACAAUAAAACCAAAAUCAAAACCACAACGUCCUCGUUCUCCUUCUCCAACUCCGCCCCCUCCUCCGCCACCCCCUCUACAAACUAUCAGACUACAAAUAAAUCUAGGAGGUCCAGAUAAUUAUGAAGUCGAUAUUGCUACUUUGGCAAAAACAACAGGUCAACGUCAACCUACUCCACCUCCUCCAAAAGCAGACACAUCAGACUCCGAAGGUGAAGACGACGGCGAGCCGAAAAAGAAAAAGAAAAAACAUGCUACUUCAGAGUAUUACGACGUCAACGACCCUUUCAUUGACGACUCCGAGCUGAACAUCGAUAAUCGCACUCAUUUCGCUCAAACAAAGCAACAGGGCUUUUACGUCUCUAGUGGCGAAGUUGCUCUUAUGAAAGAUAGUAGGACGCCCAAGAAACCUAAAUCGAAAAAGGUCCUUGCUGAGGGUGGUGCGACUGCUGGACCUAGCAAGACUGUUGCCAAGGAAGAAGGGACAAAGGAACAUCCUAUCAGUUUGCUAGGCGAAGACAAGACCAACAAGAAACGCAAGAACUAUACAGUCAUAGAGGAUAACGGGAAGAAGAGGAAAGUCGUCGAUCUCCGCGACUUUCAUCCUGAACUUCAAUUAGCCAUCGAAGAUCUAAAGACUGCCAUCUCCAAAGAAUCAUGGGACGUCAAGGGCAAGUUCCCACCCUCUAUCAAACCCAUACUCGCAGAUGUCGCGUUGAAAGCUGUCAACCUCGGCGAAUACGAUGAAGACUUUUUUAAUCUUAUGCCAGUGUUGUUUCCUUAUAACCGCUUCACUAUGACUAAACUCAUCAAACGCACUAUAUUCGUAGACCACCUCAAGAUCUUGACAGAUAGACAAGACGAACUGCUUCAACAGCUCACGGGUCUUACAAAGGACGGGUUUUCGAAGGCGCAGGAGGAGUGGGAGAAGAGUGUUGUUGCUUGGGAACGCCGCAAGGAAAAGGCCAAGAACGAAAGUGAAGCGGGCGCAGCAUCAGCAUCGACGCCAAGUGCAAGCGCAGACGCCGCACACCACGAUGAUGGUGCAGGGAGCGGUGUCGAUGGUGACAACGUCCGUGCAGACGGCGACAGAACCCUCGCUGAUGGUACCGGAACCGAUGGUGGAGCCGGUGCAGGCACAGACGGUGGAGGACCAGGCGCAGACGAUAACGCCACAGGAACUAAUAAAGCGGAUGGAACGCGAGACGCACAUCCCCCUGCCCAGAAAUACAGGUUGACGGAGGCGAUGAAGGUGAUUGUGUGGCAGCUUGUGAUGCUUAGCAAUGAGUGCUGUAGACUUGAGAAUGAGAAGAAUGAAUUAGACGGGAGUAAUGCGCUUGUUAGCGAACAGGGGUCGAGAAAGAUUUUGUAUCAGAAGAUCGUAGCCGCAUUUCCCAGUGGAUGGUUGAAUUCGGGUCAAUUAUCCCGAGAAGUGAGCUCCCUAAAGAAGAAAUAUGAGAAAGAGACGAUGGAGCAAGAUAACUGA